AUGGAGGCACCUCUUAUUAGUGACGGAGAGAUUACCGCAAUACCUCAAUACCAAGUGACUGUCGAACGUCGCGUACCUUCUGGCUUGGACAGUACUUUAGGAAAUGCCGGACUUCCGCGAGCUGUCAUUGCUGCUUCUAGGGAAAAGCCAAAAGGAACUGAGGGGAAAAAUGUAAACAACAGAACGGUCUUGCAACAACACGUCGAUUUUUGGGAUGAAGACGGCGAUGGUGUUAUUCGCCCAUUCGACACGUUACGAGGAUUCCGUCGAUUAGGCUUUAACAUUUUUCUUAGUGCUUUCGCCAUGUUUAUCAUUCAUUUAGGAUUUGCCUAUGUUACACAAUCGAACUGGGUUCCUUUUCUCGGAAACCCAUUCUUUAAAAUUUAUGUUGAUAAGAUUCAUAAAGGAAAGCAUGGUUCAGAUUCAGAAACUUUUGAUAGCGAGGGUCGGUUUGUCCCCGAGAAAUUCGAAGAGAUAUUUUCAAAAUAUGAUCGAGAAGGUAAAGGUGGACUGAGCUUUAGUGAUAUUCGACGCUUAAUUUAUGGUAAUGCGAACGCAUGUGAUCCUUUUGGGUGGAUUAGUGCCGUAUUUGAAUGGGGCAUUUUAUUUUUGUUGUGUGCUCAAAACGGCAUUAUUUCCAAAGAGGAUGUCCGAUCUCAAUAUGAUGGUUCACUCUUUUACCGAGUAGCAGAACGUGUGAAGGAAGGCAAAUUUCGAAAGACAUAUUUUCCCGUGUUCUAUAAAAAUGGACGCGAGAAUUUUGGAGAUCACUCCAAGAAUCAAUAA